GACGCCGACGACGACACGCCCGCAGCCAUUGUCCACAAAGAGCACUGCGCGGAGUGUAAACAGGGCGGAGAACUCGUGCUCUGCGACUACUGUCCGCGCGCUUACCAUAAGGUGUGUGUCGACGGCCUGACGGAAGUGCCGGACGACUGGACGUGUCCGCACUGCGAGAAGAACGGCAAACCCGAGAAGCCGGCGCCCAAAGCGGCCAAACGUAAGACAAGCGUUACGGAGAAGAAAGUGGUGGCGAAGAAGGCGCCCGCGAAGGCCGCCCAACCCAUCGAGAAUCAGGACUACUGCGAGAUCUGUAACCAAUGCGGCGAACUCUUGCUGUGCGACACCUGUCCGCGAGCCUAUCAUCUCGUAUGCAUGGACUCCGAUAAGACAGUUCCGGCCGGUGUGUGGAGUUGUCCGCAUUGCGAAGAGUACGGCUACGAAGUGAACGACGCGCCCGAACCGGAAGGGCCGCCCGAAAAGGCCGAAAAGAUUGUCUGCAAGGGUUGCAAACAGCCGGGAGAGGACAUAAUCUUCUGCGCCACGUGUCCGUCGCGCUAUCAUCCCGGAUGUAUUAACCCGCCAUUGGAUGAGAUACCGGACGAGUGGCAGUGCGCGCCGUGCAGUGCCGAACCCCUGGACGGCAAAGUGCAACGCGUCCUCACCUGGCGAUGGAAGGCGAAGGACGAGAGCGCCGACGCGGACGACAAGCCCAAGAAACGCGUGAGACGUGAGCGCGAGUUCUUCGUCAAGUGGAAGGACCGGUCGUAUUGGCACUGCUCGUGGAUACAGGAGCUGCAGCUCCAAGUGUUUCACUCGUUUAUGUGGCGGACGUACACCACUCGCAACGACAUGACUACUCCGCCGCCCUAUGAAGAGGGCUAUCAAGAGGUGCCCACCGCUAAAGAGGGCGAAGACGAGGCCAACGGCGAGCCCACAGCCGCCACUGGUAUGCGUCGGCGUCGCAACCGGUACUCCAAUAACGACGCGAAUCUCGUGGAACAGUACCUGCGGUACGGCAUACGACCCGAUUGGCUGCAAAUACACCGAGUGCUCAGCCAUCGGAAACAGAGGGGAAAAAUCAAUUAUACGAUCAAAUGGCGCGAACUGUCGUACGAAGAGGUGACGGUGGAGUACGAGCCCGACCACUGCCCCUUCGAUAUUCCCGAUUACGCCAAGAAAGUGCAGGACUAUUGGGAUCUCAGGGAACUCGUCGAAGAGGAGGGAAAGGCCGAGAAGAGGAGUCGCGAGAAAGAAGACAAACGCAAGUCUAAAGACAAGGAGUCCAAGAAGAAGGGCAACAAAAAGUACGACCCGAAGAAGAAGUGGGAGAAGCAGCCGGAGUUCAUACCGGAGCCCCUGGAACUGCACCCCUACCAGUUGGAAGGCGUCAAUUGGUUGCGCUAUUCGUGGGCUAAUAAAACCGAUACCAUUCUGGCCGAUGAGAUGGGCUUAGGAAAGACCAUUCAGACGAUUGUGUUUCUAUACUCACUGUACAAAGAGGGUCACCUGAGAGGUCCGUUCCUCAUAACAGCCCCUCUCUCGACAAUUAUCAAUUGGGAGCGAGAGUUGGAGGACUGGGCGCCGGACUUCUAUGUCGUGAACUACACGGGAAACAAAGACAGCCGUAUUGUGAUCCGAGAGCACGAGUUGAGCUUUGACGCGGACGCCGUCCGGUCGGCCACCAAAGCGACUAAAAUGCGUAAACACGUGACGCCUAAGUUUCACGUGUUGCUCACGUCCUACGAGUUGAUUAACAUGGACUCAGCGCUCUUGGGCUCAAUCGACUGGAAAGUGCUGGUCGUAGACGAAGCGCAUCGACUCAAAAGUAAUCAGUCCCUCUUUUUCCGUACACUCAACGCCUAUCACGUCGACCAUAAGCUACUGUUGACCGGAACACCGCUUCAGAACAAUCUCGAAGAGCUGUUCAAUUUGCUUAACUUCUUGAGUCCGCACCGAUUUGACGAUAUGGAGGGCUUCCUCAACGAGUUCGCCGACAUCGCCAAAGAAGAACAGGUGAAGAAACUGCACGACAUGUUGGGUCCGCAUCUCUUGCGUCGACUCAAAGCCGAUGUACUGAAGAACAUGCCGUCGAAGAGCGAGUUCUUGGUUCGCGUCGAUUUGGCGCCGCUUCAGAAAAAAUACUAUAAAUUUGUUUUGACGCGAAAUUUCGAGGCCCUGAACGUGAAGGGCGGCGGCAAACAGGUCUCACUAUUGAAUGUUGUGAUGGACUUAAAGAAGUGCUGCAAUCAUCCCUAUCUGUUCCCAACCGCCCAAACGGAAGCGCCCAAAACCAAGUUUGGUUACUACGAGGGCAGUGCUCUCGUCAAGUCGUGCGGGAAACUAAUUUUGCUGCAGAAAAUGAUGCGCAAACUGAAGAACGAGGGCCAUCGGGUACUCAUCUUCUCGCAGAUGACACUUAUGUUGGAUCUGUUAGAAGACUUCUGCGAAUUCGAGGGUUACAAAUACGAACGCAUCGACGGCUCGAUUACCGGUUCCAUACGUCAGGACUCUAUCGAUCGUUUUAACGCUCCCGGAGCUCAACAGUUUGUAUUCUUGUUGUCGACCCGAGCGGGCGGUUUGGGCAUCAAUUUGGCCACCGCUGACACUGUCAUUAUCUAUGACUCCGAUUGGAAUCCACACAACGAUAUACAGGCGCUGAGCAGAGCUCACCGCAUAGGACAGGCCAACAAAGUGAUGAUCUAUCGGUUCGUCACUCGCGGAUCCGUUGAGGAGAGGAUAACGCAAGUGGCGAAGAAGAAGAUGAUGUUAACACAUCUGGUGGUGAGACCGGGAAUGGGACAGAACAAGAAUCAGGCGGCGAUGUCUAAGCAAGAGUUGGACGACAUUCAUCCGAUAACGCAAGUGGCGAAGAAGAAGAUGAUGUUAACACAUCUGGUGGUGAGACCGGGAAUGGGACAGAACAAGAAUCAGGCGGCGAUGUCUAAGCAAGAGUUGGACGACAUUCUCAAGUUCGGUACCGAAGAGCUGUUCAAAGAGGAAGAGGGCAAAGAAGAUUCGGCCAUUCAUUACGACGACAAAGCCAUCGAUGAACUUCUCGACCGAACCCAAGAAGGCAUUGAACAGAAGGAGAUGUGGGCUAACGAGUACUUGGGGUCAUUCAAAGUGGCCUCAUAUCAGACCAAAGAGGCAGAAGAGGUCGAAGAGGAGCCCAAACCCACCGAAGAACCCGACCCUCAAUACUGGGAGAAACUGUUGGGUCACCACUAUAUCCAACACCAGGAGAACAUCCAAAGAACUCUCGGCAAAGGCAAACGCGUCCGCAAACAAGUGAACUACAGUAUAGGCGCCGAACAGACCGAAUACAACAACAACAACGAGGGCUCCGAAUCCAGUUCUGACUACUCUAUGCCUUCCGACAUGAGUUCAAACGACGAGGACUUUGACCUGAAGGCAGAGGAAGGCGCCAGAGGUGUCAAACUUCGCCACAAACACGGCAGAGAGAAAAUGCCGCCACUCGUCGCUCUUAUCGGUGGUAACACUGAGGUGUUGGGCUUCACAGCGAAGCACCGGAAGGCGUACUUGGAUGUGGUGAUGCGGUUCGGUUUGCCCAAUCAGGACCAGAACGUGACCGAAAGCCAGUGGUAUAUAAGGGAUCUGAAGGGCAAGAGUGAGAAACACUUGCGCGCCUACACAUCGCUAUUCGUACAGCACCUGUGCGACGGCGGAGACCCUAAUUCCAAGACAUUCGACGACGGCGUCCCCAAAGAGGGCAUUAAUAUAAGCCAAGUGUUGGCCCGAAUCGGAAUGGUUUCGCUGAUCCGCAAGAAAGUGUUUGAAUACGAGGGACGACACGGAUUGGAGAGCAUUCCGAAGCCCAAGAAGAAGGUUGUGGUGAUUAACGAGACCUCCAAAGACUUCGUUGAAUUCGAGGACAACAGUCAGAAUGGCGUCACUGAGAAGAUCACUACCGAAGACCAAAGCCUUGAACAAAAGGGCGACGAAACCAAACCCGAUGUGAAGACUACUGACGAGACUUUAGACGACGUUAAGUCUGAAGAGAAAGAGACCGAACCGAAGGCCGAAUCCGAUAAACCAACUGAGAGUAACGGCGAAGAAGUGGUCGAAACAAAAGCCGAACCAAAGGUCACCGAAUCUCAAGAACCCGAUGAAGAGAAAAAGACUAACGGAGAGGACGUGAAAGACAUUGAAAUGAAAGACACGACGGAAGACGAGGUUAAGACUGAAGACAAAACUGAAGAUAAGGCUGAAGAAGAAGACAAAAAAGUGGCUGAAAAUAAUGUGACAGAAAAAGAGGUUCCGAUGGAAGUGACGGACAACGAAAAGACCACUCGUGUAGCGGCGAUAUGCGGACCAACUGUGACUGCAUUCACGCAAACGAAGUGUCCGAUGUCUUCUUCGGCGGUUAAGAUGUCUGCAGACAAACGCAAAACGUUUUCCAUUAAAGACAACGUACGGGAGGCCAAACACCCGAAGGUGGAGAACGCGCUGGUCAUGUGGUUGAGCCAAAUGGACACCACUUCCAGACACAAAGUCACGUGCGAUGAGAUCAUAGCGAAGGCUCAAGAGUUCGCCGACAGUAUGGGUAUUGACUUUAAGCCAACCAAUGGUUAUCUCAAUGGAUUCAAGAGACGGCACGGACUGGAGCUCGACCUCAAACAGCGCGGCGUCGAUACGGCCAGCGAUUGGUCGCAACAGUUGAGUCAACAGACCAGCAAUUAUCUGCCCGAAGAGAUCUAUAUGUUGUCCGAAACGGCCCUCUUUUAUCGGGCGCUACCGUUUCGGACGAAUCCUCAUAUCAUUGGUCCGCUCUCUGCGAAGAAACUAAAGACACCGAAAGAUCGGUUGACUCUCGUGUUGGUCACGAAUGCCGACGGAAGCGAUCGGAUGUGUUCACUGAUUGGCAAAACCAAUAACCCAAGAGGGCUGAAGAGUAUGACUGACUGUGAAUUGGAUUAUUACUCUCAACCAAACGCCAGAAUCGAUGCCACCAUUUAUAAGAAGAUUAUUUGCCAAUUGAAUACCAAAAUGAAAGAUUUGAAUAAAAGGAUUGUAUUAUUUGUGAACAAAUCCCGAUCUCAUUGCCAACAACUGGUCUUAUCUAACAUUAGUUUUAAGUACUUUCCGGCAAAUGUUGAGAUUCCGGUUCCCAUCGAUGACGACGAGAGCGUUGAAUUGGAAAAUGAAUUGUCUGAUCAGCACAUUAUAGAUCUCGUUAUCAAUACUUCAGACCGCGAUUCAGAGUACGUGAACCUUAUUUUACUAUCAUCUAUAGUACAUAAAUCGCGUAAAACUAAUGAGAAUCAGAAUGUCAUCAAAAAGUCUGCAAUCAGUUGUGCAGCAAAUCUGGUCAAAGGUCUGAGUUGUGAGCGACAAAACCUGAUCGAAUUGGGAGCAAAGAUAUGUAGUGUCUUAACGCCAGACCUAAGGCAUGUGCUCGCGUCCGCAAUUACCGGCGAAUUGAUCGACAAAAGCAAGAAUAGCGACCACUCGGACGACGAAGACAUUGGAUACGAGCGACGGAGCCGUAAACGCAAAGCAACGCAAUCCGCACACAAUUCACAGCUAUCACUGACACGAGUGGAUGGGCCAGAAUCGGCGCACCCGUGGCAGCUCAUCACCUUUCAGUAGUCACUACCACUUCAAUACAUCCGACUAAUUAUUGUUCGAAUUA